UGACAGCAAAGAGCGUUAAAUAAAGCGCCCACAGCUGCAGAUAGCGCACACUUUGUUGAACGUCGCAGCAGGACACAGCAGCGGUUCAAUAUUUGUCCGACAGAGGACGAGCCUUUGGUUGAGCUUGGUGUUAAAGUGUAGAAUUACAAAGCGUGAUUUUGACUGCAGAUAAAGACAGAAAAACCGGUCGGAAGAGGUGAACGGGUUCGGCCUCAGUCGGAGGAGCUGCUGUGACGUAGCACCCACCGACACUACACACACACACACACACACGCCGGCUGCCGCUGCGCCUGCCAGGACCUCAAUGUGGGGAAAUGACCGAGAGUGACCUCAAAGGAAACACCGUAUUCUAGCGGCUGUCCGCAUUUCCAUUUUACAAUACCUUAGCGCAAAAAUGUGCGACAAAUUUUAGCCUGAUACUUUAAGGCGCCUAACAGAAAAGCGCAAGGUCUGCCGAUAGCUAAUCGCGCGACUGACUCAGACUAGCUUACAGCGGUGCUAACAUUAGCAAGCUAAACUAAAGUAGCCUGGUUUCUCAUUGCUAGCGACGGGGCUUUUCCUUUUUUUCCCCUGCAGAUGCUAAGCUAAGCUAGGCUAGGUUAGGCUAGGCUAGCUGCUGCCAUGGAUAAAGCCAAGUCAAUGAUGGACAAGAAAGGAGCGUCGGGACCCUUUCAUGUCAACAACGGACAGAGCCAGAGGGGGUUUCACAGCCCCAUCGUCGUGGCCGCUAAUGGUGGCUGUUGCAGCGGCAAUGCGUUCGGCUCCAGCUCCGGACCCAACAACGGCAGCACGUUUGAGAACAUGCAUCACCUGCACCGCGGAGACGAUGCGGAGUGCAACGGCUCCCCGGCCAAGAGGUGCAAGCUACGGAGGCGGACGGAGUCGAUAAGACGGAACAGACCCCCCUUCCCUUGGUUCGGUAUGGACAUUGGUGGCACCUUGGUGAAGUUGGUUUACUUUGAGCCAGUUGAUAUAACUGCAGAGGAAGAACAGGAGGAAGUGGAGAACCUCAAGUCUAUCCGUCGCUACCUCACCUCCAACGUAGCCUAUGGUAAAACAGGAGUCCGUGACGUUCACCUGGAGUUGAGGAACCUGACCAUGUGUGGCCGGACAGGAAACCUGCACUUCAUCCGCUUCCCAACACAGGCCAUGCACCGCUUCAUUCAGAUGGGACGGGACAAGAACUUCUCCAGCCUUCAUACAACCCUCUGCGCCACUGGUGGUGGAGCAUACAAAUUCGAGAAUGACUUCCGAACUAUGGCCGACCUGGAACUGCUGAAGCUGGAUGAACUGGACUGUCUGAUCCGCGGCCUGCUGUUUGUCGACAGGGUCAGCUUCAACGGCCACCCAGAGUGCUACUACUUCCAGAACCCUUCAGACACCCAGAGCUGUGUAAAAAGGCCCUGUACUCUAGACAACCCUUUCCCCAUGCUGCUGGUCAAUAUCGGCUCCGGGGUCUCCAUCCUGGCCGUGUACUCACAAGACAACUACAAACGGGUGACCGGGACUAGUCUGGGGGGUGGUACAUUCCUGGGCCUUUGCUGCUUACUGACAGGCUGUGAAACAUUUGAGGAGGCGCUGGAAAUGGCCAGUAAGGGUGACUCCACCAACGUGGACAAACUGGUGAAGGACAUCUAUGGCGGAGACUAUGAGCGCUUCGGCCUACAAGGCUCUGCUGUCGCAUCCAGUUUUGGCCACAUGAUGAGCAAAGAGAAACGAGACAGCAUCAGUAAGGAGGACUUGGCCAGAGCCACACUUGUCACCAUCACUAAUAACAUAGGAUCCAUAGCACGCAUGUGUGCUGUCAAUGAGAAAAUUGAGCGUGUGGUUUUUGUCGGGAACUUCCUUCGCAUCAACACAGUAUCCACUAAACUUCUAGCCUAUGCCAUGGACUACUGGUCCAAAGGACAACUACGAGCCCUCUUUCUUGAACACGAGGGUUAUUUUGGAGCUGUGGGAGCGCUGAUGGAGCUGCUCAAAACAACCGAGGAUCCAUGAAGGAAACUGUGUCGAGAAGUCCUCGACUCUCGACAAGACGAUGUCAUCCACCCUUCAACGCUGCGAUGUCAUCUACUCUUGAUGCUGCUGAAAGGUCGCGUUCACCGAGGCCGCUAAAGGAACACUAAGGGGAGGGGGGGACAGAGACAGAGAAACUGGGAAAAGCCAUUUUAAUAAUUUAACGCCUGUAAAUAAUGAUGACUUCUAAUAUUCUUCUCCUAAAUUUCCCAACCAGAGACUCCUUAUGAUAGAGAUUUUAAUAUUGUAAUCAUUAAUUUAUGGUCUCCUGUAAUCAGCUCUGUCGAUUCCUGUAAUCAGCCCUGUGGGAGGCGCAGAGAGUUUUUGUAUUUUGUUACUUUGUGUGUUUGUGUGAAUAGCUACUGUAGCAUUAAAUCCUUAAAACUGUGGUACCCUGGUGACUGUUUGUGCAACAAUUAUGUCGUCUUAUCUGCAGUUAAAUAAUUUGUCACGUGACCACGCAAACAAUAUGCAGAUAUGUUCUAUCUGUGUGUGCAGACGGCGAGGCUAGAGAAAGUGGCCUGAACGAUCUGCAACAGAACAGUGACGUGGCAGUUGCUAUAAGGCAGGUGUGUUGCCUGUAAUUGUUGCACAAAAAAAGUUGCCCACCAUGCUACAGUCUUCUAAGGAGUGCACUGAAGCCAAAUCCUGUUGAGAUUCAUAUACAACCUGCAUCCUUCAAGUCAGAAAGGAAGCAGCAAAAACUGCACAUGGCCUUUGCUUUUUGUUCGUCUCUUCCUAGUCUGCUGGUGUUUAACAGCACUAAUGACACUGUAUGAGCGCACAUGCAGACAUUUCCCGCUGAGUUUUGUGUUAGAUGACGGGACCAAGACUUCAUUGUCUUCCAACUGAUAGCGCCACAGCUGCGUCUGUACUGUUGAUAGAUGUUGACUACCUUUAAAUGGUAUCAACAGCCGAGCCCAGUGAUUUGGGAGAUGCUUUUGGAUCUCUUAAUGGAAAUAUCUUUUUUUUUUUUUUUUUUUUUUUUUUUUUUUUUUUUCAUCUUGUCCCUUCCUGUCGCUAUCUUUCUCAUUUUAAGACGUAACACAAAUCUUCCACCUCUUCUGCUUACAGCUCCACACUGCUGCCUUGUUUCUGUGUUGUAGUGUAACAUUUAGAAGUGGUCCAGAAGCGCUGCUAGUACAGGAUGAGAUUACGUUUGUGCGGGGUGUAUGUUAAAAAAGGAACUGCUCAGCACCCUUAAUGUAUUGUAGAGGCAGACGCAUUGAAAUGGUGCCACCUUUAGGCUUCAGGGAACAAGGACCAAGUUUUUGGUUUGUUUUUUUUUUUGUUUGUUUUUUUUUUUGUUUGUUUUUUUUCCUUCAGCCAAGAUUCACCCUUAACCAAAAGGUACCAGUGCAAAAUGUAUCACCGAUAAAUCCAUUAAUGUAGAUUAGAAUUAUAGUACAUUUUUGUCCCAGAUCACAUUCAGUGCAUCUGUUAACUCACCAAUUCAGGAACGUCUUUCUGCAAAAUCAGUCAACACUUACAGAUAUGGAUUUCUUUAAAAGUCUCAGUUACUUAAGGGGCCAUUCAUUCAUUGCAAGCCCCUCAAACAUUUGGGCGUUUGUGUGUGAAAACAGCCUGUUUUCUAAUCUGAGGCCAUUUAUUACACAAAUCAACGCUAGCAGGAAUUUUAACUGUAUAUUAACACAGUACUUGAAAAUUCUAGGGUGUGUUUUUGGCAUUUUCUAAUCUUUUACUGCAGACGUGACCUUUUUAACUGUAGUACUCCUAAAUUAACGAGCACUGUCUGUACCUGCUUUGCAAUUAUUGCGUCUCAUCCAAAAUGUUGUUGUCUUUUUUGGACCAUAGCUUUUAUACCACUUCGAACUGAUCCAAACUUUCAAAAAUUGUAAAAAUAAUAGAUUAUUGCUCUAAAUAAAUAAGAACCUCAGCUUAGUUUAAUCGUAUGCAUGGUUUUCCUGAACCGUCACACCGAUGUCUCUCUUCACAGCCUUUAACUCCUGCUGAUUUCCCUUUUUUUCUGUCCACUGCUUCGUGCAAUGCCACUAUCUACAUGCCUUUACUUUACUGUGCUUUUUCACUUUUUUAUAAUCACCAAUCUUCCAGUUUUUGUACCUUAUUUAUUGUUUAAUACCUCCAAACAUCACUACCAACACUUUAGGGUUGAUUCUGUGUUUCUGAGCUUGACAGUUCAGUGUUAGUUAGGCACUGUGUGUUUUCAUAUAGUUAAUUAUUUAAUGUAAUCUAUAGCUGUCUGAUUGAUAGCUUAACAAUUAGGGGGAAGUUCUCGUUGAACCUGGUACUCUUGUGUUCUUAACAAAAGUGGUUGUUUUGCUGUGUUUAUCUCCUCUGCGCCAUCUAAUGUACUCCUGAACUACACUUUGACCCGGACUAACAACUUGUGAUGCAGUUUAUUUUUACCUGUAAAAAAA